GCUGGAAGCAAGCUUUAAGAAACUGCUCACUCAUUGCUUUUAAUUAUCACAGUUUAUUUCACAGUAUUUCCUAUUCAUUUUAUUUUCUUUGAACAGCGUUUCACAACAUCUCAGUAGCAUCAUGUGGUGCAUGCAGAGAUUUCCAGUUACACCUUAUUUGAUUCUUAUUUGAUUCUAUGUUAACUCAGUGAUGCUUUUUUUGAGCUUUCUUUUGACAUUGCUCAUGAUGAUUUUUCAGUUGUUUGUAGGCGUGGUGUAAAGUCAAAGUGCUCUGUUUUUAAUGUUUAAGUGAAUACCACAAUGAGCUGUGUAGAGUCGUCAGGUCUUAGCUGGAAAACCAACAUGACCAGCAAUGUUAUUAUUAUCAGUGCUCUUUUUUAACCUGCACCCUGCCCAUUACUGGCCUAUAUUUCACCAAGCUAUUGCAGCCUCCAUAAGAGCAAAACAAAAAACCAACAUCCUUCUAACUUUUUUUUUCAUGAACACAAUGCUUUUGACGUAGUUCUUUAGAUUUAGAGCUCUAACAGCACAUGCAUGUGCAGUAUUUUUGCACAUGCACACGAAUGAGCCAUGGAAGCAGCUCAUGACCAGUGAUCGAUACAAGCGAUAAAUGUACACUUUUGUCCAGGCUGCAGCACCAACAACAGCUCAGCUGCCUAUUCAUUGUCUCAUUUCUUAGUGUUACACUUUAUGUACUGAAUAGGAUAAUAUAAUUAAGCAGACAUAUUAGUCAGUUUAGUGCACGAGCCACAAGCUGGGAGAUUUUUGCAAAUCUAAUACAAUAUCCUGUUUUUUUUGAGUAAGGCCUUUGUAUCUCCAUAAGGCAUGGAUCAGAAUAAACUCCUCUUUAGCAGCAAAUCAUUUCCUGAAACUCACCCAUGAUCCCUGAUGGAACGAUGGGUUCAUUUGUAAUGGUUUCCACUUCUGUUGGGUAAAAUGAUUUCCUGCGUAAGUGUUUCAGGCAGCGCAUUUUCCAACAGUUUCUACUGUACACUCUUGGGUUGCGUGCAAGUAGAGGCCUCUGUCCAAAACCACUGGCGUUCCAGUAUGACCAGUAUGUAUUGUCAUUCCAACAAGAGCUUUAGGAGCUCUAAAUUUUAGCACUUUGUCGAUGAUUUGUGUUCAACAUGCAUGAGUGGGAGAUCCUUCACCCACUUCUAUGAAGUUUGGUGAUUUAAAGGAAACUGCACAACCACAGUUUUCACACCUAGAUCAUCACUGCAUCGCCCGCUCUCUCUCCCCUGCAUGUGUCUAUGUCUCUCUGUGCCUUUGCGUCGCUCUCUCAGAGUUAUAAAUAAAAGCUUUCAUGACAAGUCAAACAGUUCAGGGCAAGAGACACACGACUGUCGCUCACCUAGUUAGACUGUCAGAUCCUCGCUCAGACUGGUUGCGCUUCGUUUUCGGUGUUGCUCUGAAAGGGAUUGAAACCCGGCACUCUCAUCAGGACCGCAUAAGUUUGGGAAUCGAGCCUACGAUUCAAGAGGACAUUAACGAGGGGUGACAUGAAGGUAGCAACGGUAUGCGCAGUGGUUUGUCUCUCUCUCUGGCUGUCUAUGAGCCAGGUCAGUGGCUUCCAGGUCCCUCCAAAGUUGAACAAGACCAUCCAGAACCUCCUGCAGCAUUAUAACAUCCCUCUACGAGAGAGGUUUAAUGGGAAGCCUGUCUUCUCCAAAGAAGCACUGACUGCCCACAUGGAGGUAAGGAGGGUGUUUUUGGGUGGUGUUUUGGAGACAUAUGAGAGGCUUCUUGACAAGAUGUUGAAGCAGCUGCCUACCCCAAGUCCUCUGACAAGUGGGAGCAAAGAUCCUCCUGCCUCUGGUGUCUCUGCUGGUACGGCUGGGUUGGAAACAGGUGAAGAUGUCCGCAAAGGACUGAGUGACAUCCUGGAAAUGGUUCAGAAACUGAGGAAGCGCAACUAUGAUGACUUGGACAAGGUCCUGCAGGGAGUCCACUCUCUGUCACACAUCGAGUUUGAUAACGCUGUUGUCCAGAGCAAAGCAUUGUGGGAGCUGCCACUUCUGUAUGAGGAAGCAAGCACGUUGGAAAGAAGACGGAGACGGCGGCAAGCGCGAAAGCUCAGAAUCAGAGAAGCUAAAACACAAGGAAGCAGAGAGUAAUGAAUCACAUUACAAGAAACAUUACAGGAGCAACACCUACUGACCUAAAGCAGUGUGCCUAGUCUAACUUAUUUUUGUAUUUAAGACCUUUUAAGGAGAAAGUAUUUCAUAUAUUUUAAGAUUACAGUGCACCAGCAAUCUUGGGGACAUGGGUUUUUUUCAUUCAGCAUAAUGAAAGUUAAAAGGUGGUUAGAUCUUGCAGAGUUUAGAGAACUAAACAAUUUUUGCAGUAUAUGGUGUCUUGUCUUAGUUUGAUAUUGCCAUUAGUUUCAUCUAGAAAUACAUGAUUACCUAUUGGAAAAAAAAAGACUCCAUUAACAGCUCAAAUAAUGUGACUGUUUGAAAGUAACCUUUUUAAUUUUGUUGUAAAAAAACCUAGUUAAUUAACCAAAUCUAAAACCACAUUCGCUUUUUCUUUAGUUUAUGCUGUUAAAUACAACAGGAACCUUUUUUUUUAACUUUCCAGCUGUACUGUACUGUAAGAGAAAUGUUUACAAAGUACACCCAAGUUUAACACUGUUGUGCUCAGAUGUAGCUAAAGUCCUCUGAACAUUCAGUCCAACAUUGAAAUGAUUUAACUCCUAAGGGAUUUUUGUAUUUUACUCAUAUAUUUUUCUAAUUUAUUUCCCAUAUUUAUUAUUGUCACUGUUUAUUUAUUUUGUAUUUAUUGAUUGGCGCACGUUGGAAAACAAAACAUUGAAUAAAACAGAAUUAACUUAA